AUGAAGGCGAUGAUCGAUGCAUGCCAUGGAUUUUUCACUCUCCCAGACGAAGAAAGGGAGGAGUUCAAAUCUAGUAACGAUGUGCUAGAGAUGUUCAAUUGCGGGACAAGUUAUAAUCUUGACUUGGAUAAAUUCCUUAUGUGGAGGAAUUUCUUCAAGGCCAGAGUACAUCCUGAGUUUUAUGCCCUAAGCAAACCGGCUGGCGUCAGUGAGGUCUCGUUGAAGUUUAGCCAGAAAACAAGACAAGUAGCAUUGGAGAUAGCAAGAGCAAUAGCAGAAAGCUUGGGAUUGGAUCCCAGCUACAUACAUCAUGCCAUGAACACGGAUCGUGGAUUUGAAAUCCUCGCCGCAAACUAUUAUCCGCCUUGCCCGCAGCCAGAAAGCGCCUUCCCCGUCAUACUGAUUCUGGCCUGUUCACUCUCCUAA